AUGCCGUCCGCCUUCUCAGUCACCUCCUUCCCCGACAGCAUUCCCGCCGUCAUCAUGCAGACAGACUGGACGGAGCCCUGGCUCCUCGGCCUGGUCGUCUUCCAUGCGCUCUGCCUGCUGCUCACGUGUAUGUCCUCCCGACGAUACAAACUGCAGGUCGGGCACUUCCUGUGCCUUGUGACCUUGGUCUAUUGUGCUGAGUACAUCAAUGAAAUGGCCGCCAUGAACUGGAGGUCCUUUUCGAAAUACCAGUAUUUCGACUCGAGGGGGAUGUUCAUUUCACUGGUGUUUUCAGCGCCAUUGCUCCUCAACGCCAUGAUCAUUGUGGUCCUGUGGGUCCGGAAGACGCUGACUGUGAUGGCCGACCUCAAGGCCCUGCAGCAGAAGGCGAAGGAGAGGAGGAAGAGGAGGAAGGAGGAGUAG